AUCAUUCUUACUCGCACCUACAGUCCAUACCUUUUUCGCUUCACGGAGAGUUUAGUUGUAGCAUGGUGUUGCGUUCCCUCUUCAUAGAGGCGUGCGUAACAUAAUGGGGGCUCAUCCGGGAUAUUUCCAUUAAACCCACCGGACCCUGCUGCUCUGAGCUCUCUGUGGUUAGUGAUUGAGGUGUGAUGGUAGGUUGUGAGUUUGGAUGACUUGUUUUAGUUAGUGUGUUCAGUAGACUGCAUUGUAUAAGAUGGCUGCCUCAUCUCCAAGUUUUUUGAAGCGCCCUCUAUUGAUUGUUUGGGUAUGUUUUGUAAAGUAGACCUUAUAGCUAUAGCUGACCAUUAUGGAUUUGUUGUCCCUGAGAAAGCCCUAAAGGCUGAGCUUUUGUUGCUAGUCAGGGAGGGUUUAGUGAGAGAACGGAUUCUUUCAUUGCAAGGAGAGGAGACGGGUAGACCUUCUGAUGCCAAGUCGGAGGACAAGGCGGAGGAAGGGGUUCCUCGUACCCCCUUUACAUUGCCCCGAUUCGAUCCUUUAUCUUCUGCUUCGGGUCGUUCAGAUGGAACUGCUAGGCUGAAGGUGAGGCUGGCUCGGUUAGAAAUGGAGCAAAAAGAUAAAGAGAGACAGAUGAAUUUUGAACUUGAAAAUAGAAGCUGACAAGGAGGUGAGGAUCCGACAACUGGAGCUAGAGGCUGGCUCCAGUGCGACUCCACAAGCUGCUCAUCAUCAAACCCACUUCGAUGUGAGUAAAAACAUAGCUUUAGUCCCUCCAUUCCGAGAGUCGGAAGUUGAUUCUUAUUUCUCUGCGUUUGAGCGUGUGGCCGCUGCGCUGCAUUGGCCACUCGAGGUUUGGCCGCUCCUGUUACAAUGUAAAUUGUCUGGGAAAGCCCAGGAAGUAGUAGCUGCUCUCUCCCUGGAAGACAGUUUACACUACGAUACAGUUAAAACUACCAUGUUGCGGGCUUAUGAGUUGGUGCCUGAAGCUUAUAGACAGCGCUUCAGGAACCACAAGAAACUCUCUCACCGUACAUUUGUUGAAUUUGCUAGGGACAAAGAGUCUCUGUUUAGUCGCUGGUGUUCAGCCAGCAAAGCUAACACCUUUGCUGAUAUUAAGGAGUUGAUGCUGUUGGAGGACUUUAAACGCAACCUCCCAGAUAGGAUUGUAGUUCAUUUAAAUGAACAGAAAGUGGCGACAUUGGCCCAAGCAGCAGUGUUGGCAGAUGAGUACGCUUUGACACACAAGACUGUCUUUGGUGCACCACGUUUUGAAGGCCGGACGAUUACAUCAUCAGUUCCUCGUUCAGGUCGCUGUUCCUCGUUCAGGUCGCUUUUCCUCUGACAACCCUAAGCCUUUACAUGAAAUCCGUGAAUGUUUUUACUGUCACCAAAAGGGUCACGUGAUUGCGGACUGCCCAGUUUUGAAAAAUAAACCGAAACAGUCCCAGUCACCGUCCCCAAAAAUGAAAAGUUUGGGUUUAGUCAAGUCUUUGGCUCGUCCAUUGGAUCGAGUUAUUGAUUCAGCAUUUGAGAAACCGGAUCCUGUCUAUGCUCCGUUUAUCUCUGCCGGUUAUGUUUCCUUAACAGGAGAACAAGCUGAUCAAAAGCCUAUCCAAAUCCUACGAGACACUGGGGCGGCGCAGUCAGUAAUCAUUACUGAUGCUUUACCCUGGUCUCCUGAAACGUAUUGUGGCUCACAUGUCAUAUUACAGGGGAUAGAGACAAAAAACGUACCUGUACCAUUACACUGGGUCCACUUAGUGUCAGACUUGGUAUCAGGACGUUUCCGUGUUGGUGUAGUAUCUACACUGCCAGUAAAAGGAGUCACAUUGCUACUAGGGAAUGAUAUUGCUGGUGGUAAUGUCAUUCCUGUGUUAGAGGUAGUAGACAAUCCAGAAAUCAGAACUACAGAUGAGAAAUUGGUUCAAGCAUUUCCACAUGUUUUUCCUGCUUGUGUCUUAACGAGGGCACAAUCUCGCAAGCUAGGAGAUGUGGUGGAUUUGGCUAGUUCCAUUUUUGAGAAUGUUGAGGUAGAAGAUCAUGCACCGAGUAUGCCUUCUGCAAUGCCGACAGUUUUUACACCCGUAAAAACUAAGGCAGGGGAAAAUGAAAUUGUGCCCCAAUUACAUGACAUUCUUUUGUCUGUCACCCCCGAGAAGGUGAUUGAAUGUCAAAAAGAAGACACCAGUCUUCGCAAGUGUUUUGCUUUGGUAAUUUCCAUUGAGGAAGCUAAAACUAGAGAGACCGCCUACUUUAUGGAAGCAGGAGUUUUGAUGCGUAAAUGGGCAUCUCAUGACACCAUUAAUGACUGGAGUGAAGUGUGUCAAGUGGUUGUUCCUACACCGUUCCGACUCGCCCAUGACCAGGCGUGGUCUGGACACUUGGGGAUCACAAAGACUUAUAACCGGGUCCUUCGUCAUUUCUUCUGGCCAGGUUUGAAGUCUGACGUGGUCCAAUUUUGUAAAACAUGUCACAUAUGUCAACUCACUGGGAAAGUGAAUCAAACAGUUCCACGAGCGCCACUCUGCCCGAUUCCUGUGGUGGGGGAACCGUUUGAAAGAGUGAUAAUUGAUUGUGUAGGUCCAUUGCCGAAAACCAGGUCAGGUAAUCAGUUCCUACUAACAAUAAUGUGCAGUGCUACUCGAUACCCAGAGGCUAUUCCUCUCCGUACUAUAACGGCUAAGACUGUGGUGAAGGCACUAGUGAAGUUCUUCUCUACGUUUGGACUCCCUAAAGUAAUCCAAACUGAUCAGGGAUCCAAUUUCAUGUCUAAACUGUUUUCAAAUGUGUUAAAUACAUUGUGUAUUUCCCAUCAGGUCUCCAGUCCGUAUCAUCCAGAGAGUCAAGGGGCUCUAGAACGCUGGCAUCAGACGCUGAAGGCAAUGCUACGCAAGUAUUGUAUGGAUACCAGUACUGAUUGGGAUGAGGGGGUGCCCUUUGUCCUAUUUGCUAUAAGGGAAACGAUACAAGAGUCCUUAGGGUUCAGCCCUGCUGACCUUGUGUUUGGACACACCCCACGGGGUCCGCUUAAAGUUUUGAAGGAGCAUAUCUUAUCUCCUACACCCAGUAGCGCCCCUAAAAAUGUGUUGGAAUAUGUCAGUAAGAUGCGGGACAGACUGCACGCCGCAUGUGCGUUAGCCCAAAAGUCUCUCUCCUCGUCUCAAAAACGCAUGAAGUUGCAUUAUGACAAAAAGGCUGUUGGCCGUUCAUUUGCACCAGGGGAUCAAGUUUUAGUUUUGUUGCCAAUCCCUGGCUCAUCUCUGUCAGCACGUUUUGCUGGACCAUAUCUGGUGGAAAAGAAAAUCAAUGACACCAAUUAUGUGAUAAAGACACCAGAUCGAAGGCGUUCUUCCCGUGUGUGUCAUGUUAACAUGCUGAAAACAUAUUAUGUGCGCGAUUCUCCCGACAGCUCCUCAAGUAAGCCGGUCCAGCCCGCCGUCUCCAGUGUGGCUGCGGUGGUGCUGAAGCCUGGCUGGGACCUAGAUGAGGAUAAGGAGGACGGGUUGGAGUUACGCCAUACGUUACAGCAAGGACAUUCCAAGUCGCACAUCCAUCUUGGAACAUGACGUGGAUGUGGGGAACGCUGUUCCUAUACGUCAGCAUCCGUACCGGGUUAAUGCUAAGAAAAGGGAGGUAAUGAAAAGUGAGGUAGCUUAUUUAUUACAGAAUGACAUGGCAAAACCCAGUAACAGCUCCUGGAGUUCCCCAUGUAUUCUUGUUCCUAAGCCUGACGGUACAUCCCGCUUAUGUACGGACUAUCGUCGUGUAAAUGCAGUUACAAAGUCUUAUUUUCCUCUACCUCGCUUAGAUGACUGUAUUGAUAGAAUUGGCUCUGCUGCUUACGUUAGUAAGUUAGAUUUGCUAAAAGGUUAUUGGCAGGUGCCGCUGACCUCUCGAGCUUCUGACAUAUCGGCUUUUGUUACGCCAGAUAACUUUGUACAAUACACUGUGAUGCCCUUUGGCAUGUGUAAUGCACCUGCUACUUUUCAGCGGCUAGUUAACAUUGUGUUUGCAGAUCUGCCAAAUUGUACUGCUUACCUUGAUGAUGUGGUGAUUCAUUCGUCUACCUGGUCUGAUCAUCUCUCCACUUUGAAAAGUGUGUUUCAGCGGUUGGAGAAUGCUUCUUUAACCCUCAAUUUGGCCAAGUGUGAGUUUGGGAAGGCUACAGUGACUUACUUAGGUAAACAAGUGGGACGAGGUCAAGUGCGCCCAAUAACUGGCAAAGUGGAAGCAAUUGUUGCUUUUCCUGCUCCCGACUCGCCGCCAGUUGCGCAGAUUCCUGGGGAUGGUAGGGUACUAUCGUACCUUCUGUAAGAAUUUCUCAACGGUAGUAGCUCCCCUUUCAUCUCUGCUUAGUCCCAAGGUACCAUUCAAGUGGUCCAAGGACUGUAACUACGCUUUUGAGUCCGCUAAAGCGCUACUUUGUAGUGCCCCAGUGCUUGCCGCCCCCAACUUUGACAAACCUUUUAAGUUGGAGGUAGAUGCUAGUAUAAUGGGGGUGGGUGCGGUUCUCUUACAGGAAGAUGAAGACGGAGUGGAUCGGCCCGUCAGUUUCUUCUCCCGUAAGUUCAACUCGUGUCAGUCAAGAUACUCUACAAUUGAACAAGAGACGCUGGCUUUAUUGCUUGCCUUACAGUUCUUUGAGGUAUAUGUGGGCUCCAGUGCCUUGCCUGUUAUGGUCUUCACGGACCAUAAUCCAUUGGUGUUCUUGAAGCAAAUGUACAACCAGAACCGCCGCCUUAUGCGGUGGGCUCUGAUUGUACAAGGAUAUAAUGUACAGAUAGCUUAUGUGAAGGGCUCGGCGAAUGUGGUUGCUGACGCUCUAUCACGGGUUUACUAACUGGGGAAGCGAUGGCUUUUGUUAUUGCAAAACUAGGUUUGCAAUUUUUGUGGUGGGCGUGUUACGUUCCCCAGUUUGUGUUGUAGUUUGUGUUUGUGCAUGUGUUUAUUUCAGGAAAUGGCUUCCUGAAAUCCUCAAGCAGC